AUGGCCACUGAGCGUGUUCCUCUCCGUCUGGGCUCUACUGCCCCCAACUUCAAGGCUGAGACCUCCAAGGGUCCCAUUGACUUUCACGAGUUCAUUGGCGACAACUGGGUCGUCCUCUUCUCCCACCCUGAUGACUUCACUCCCAUCUGCACCACCGAGCUCGGCGCCUUUGCCAAGCUCGAGCCUGAGUUCGCUGCCCUCGGCGUGAAGCUCAUUGGAUUGAGCGCCAACAACGUCGACUCCCACCACGCCUGGAUCAAGGACAUUAACGAGGUCAACAACGCCAACCUCACCUUCCCCAUCAUUGCCGACCACGACCGCAAGAUCGCCUAUCUUUAUGACAUGCUUGACUACCAGGACAUCACCAACGUUGACCAGAAGGGCCUCCCCUUCACCGUCCGUACCGUCUUCGUCAUCGACCCCAACAAGAAGAUCCGUCUCACUCUUGCCUACCCUGCCUCCACUGGCCGCAACACCGCCGAGGUUCUCCGUGUCGUCCAGGCUCUCCAGACCACCGACAAGAAGGGCGUCACCACUCCCAUCAACUGGCUCCCUGGUGACGAUGUUGUCAUUCCUCCCACCGUCUCGACUGAGGCUGCUGAGGAGAAGUUUGGCAAGGACAACAUCCGCGUCGUCAAGCCUUACCUCCGAUUCACCAACAUUGGCAAGUAA